AUAAAAGGGGUUCCCGGCCCGGGAGCCACACAGCUUGGACCUCAGUGCCACAGCGCGACAGCGGUCCCCGCCGCCGUCCACACUCUCUUCGCCGCUGUCCCGGCAAUCCCGGCCGUCCUCGCCACCUUCUCCGCCUUCUCCGCCGUCCUCACCGCCUUCUUCUCCGCGCCCAUGGCCCGCGCCGCCCCCCGCGUCCCCCGGCUCCUGCGGACCGCGCUGCUGCUGCUGCUCCUGGUCGCCGCCGGCCGCCAAACAGCAGGGGCGCCCGUGGUCGCCGAGCUGCGCUGCCAGUGCCUGCAGACCGUGCAGGGCAUUCACCUCAAGAACAUCCAGAGUGUGAAGGUGACGCCCCCGGGCCCCCACUGCGCCCAGACCGAAGUCGUAGCCCAGCUCAAGAACGGGCAGGAGGCUUGUCUCAACCCCGAGGCCCCCAUGGUCAAGAGGAUCAUUGAGAAGAUGCUGGACAGAGAUAACGCCAAUUGACCAGCGGUCAGAAGCAGCUCACCUGCUGCUGUUCCUGAAGCAGGUCCUGCCUCCGUAGGAAGAAGAGGAAAAGAGAAAAGCAGUGCAUUUACGGUCUCGUAUGGGCAUUUUUCUAUUUAUUUAUUUAUGUGUUUUUAAAGAUUCUGUGUUAAUAUUUUACAUGUAAAAUGAUUAAGGAUGUGAUUGAAUCUACUUACACACUAUACCAUUCUAUUUAUUAUUUCAUGUCAAACUUCUGAUUCUUAUUUAAUUUGAAGGUAAAAGGUUUUCAGUUGUUCUUCACUCACUAUCCCAGUAUUUCUGAGGCCCUCACUGCAGGUCAGCCACUGGGACAGAGGCUGGGGGACCUGAGAGCUGGGGAAAUCUACCUGCACGUCUGAUUCUGAAACUGCUGACAAGAAUAUCAUUUGCUAUUUAUUGAAAUGAUUAUGCAGUGUGUGGUCAACAUUUCAUGUUGAAGCUUUGAGAACUGUAGUUCUGAAUAUCCCUUGGACAUUUGAUGUCUUUCUUGUAAGGCAUAAUGCCUUGUUUAAUGUUAAUCACACAGUGUUGCUCUAUGUAUUAGAACAAAGAGGCUUAAAUAUUUAUUAGUGUUUUCACAAAGAACAUGAAAAUAAAAUAUUUAAAAA